UCGUUAACGUGGAGGGAGAUUUAUGAUAUUGCUGUGAUGUACCGUCGCCUCGUGGACCCAGAACAGGCGGUGCUGUGGCUUGAUGCCAUGCCUGAUCAUACUGCUGAUGGCUACAGGACAGAUAUCAGCUUUAUCAGGGGCUCGGUUUAUAAUAUAAAAGUGUUGCAGUACUUUGAACUAGUGUUUAAGUUAGGGAAGACAAUGCUGGAACACUUCUCUGGGGACGGAGCAGUAACAUAUUCUGGCUUAAAAGAAGACGUUGAAAAAGCUAAAACGUGUGAAGAUUUACUAGAUAUAGCUAAA